AUGCGUCAUGCUGCAGCCGCGCCAUUGCACACUGACCUACCCCUACGCGGCGUGCGUUACGACAUUUCGUCGACUUCAGGCGGGAAUUUUGACGUCGGCGAGACAUCGAACGAUUCGGCGGUCGCGGUGCGUGCCUACAGUACACGCUACGCCGACGGAGCGCGUCAGUGCGCCGGAGGGAGCGGGCUGCGCCGCUUGUGUUUACGCAGCCCGCUAGUCGAGGAUCCCGCGUGCAGUGCAAAUGAUUUUGUUUUUAUGGCGCUCAUAUUACUACAAGUGUUGGUGCUGGGUGUGACCGCGGCGGCAGUUGACGGUGCGUUCUAUGUAUCCUAUCCCCAGGCACCACGUGGGCCGGCCCGGCAGCGGGCAGUGUUUACGGCGGCCGACGCAUGCGCCUCUCUUGUUUGCGUCUGCAGGUCAAACACCGCUCCAAACUACGGAGGCUCUAUAAGUAUUUGUGGGCCGACAAGUAAGUUUAGUUGUAGGCCGCCGUGGAAUGCAGCGGCGAGCAGUCGGUGCGAAACGCCUUCC